AUGGAUUCUUUGAUGGAGCAAUCGGCAAGCGGACACGCCACGCCACCACCACAUACCCCCGCCAACCAAGAGGCGCUGAGCAAUUGGAAUUCACUUGAAGUGAGUGAUAGUCAAUUUGGUGAUAUUUUGACUUUUAUGGGGGAUGUGUUGGACAGCCAAAUUAGGCACCUCUCGCGCGUAAAGCGAGAUCAGAUAUUGAUUUCGUUGCGCGAGAGGUUGCAAGUUAGCCUCGGAGGGGAACUUGACCAUGCAGGUAGCUCGCACUCCGCUCUUUGUGAUAAAUUCCAAAUGAGCGUCGAGGAAUUGCUUGAGUAUAUACCCAUGGCCAGUUCCCACAGCCAAAUGGUAGUGAGGUUAGGGGCUAGGUUGGGGUGUGAGAUAGAUGAGGUAGAGGCCGUAGUUGAGGAUAAGGUCGCAACUAUAGCCGAUCUGGAAAACAGAUUGGCCGCCUCACAAUCUAAGAUUAGGCUAGAGGCUUUGAACAGUGCAAGGAGAGAGGAAGAUUUGCAGACGCAAAUAUUAGUAUUACAGGAACGUGUAAAGGAACUCUCCGGCCCCUCUCAGGAUUCACAAGCCACAGCUUCGGCAAGCCUAGUCGAGGGUGAGUGUGAACUUUCACAUUCUGUUCGGGAAAAUUACCGAACAUUACAAAGUGUCAACAAUCGUGUUCAGGGAUCCCGCGUACGUCGAGAAGCGACCGCUGGGCCACACUGCGACCCACCCCGAGCCUCACCCAAGUCGUCGCGACCAUCGUCGGCCAUGUCCUCCCAAGGAUCAACGAUCAGUGAGUCCCUAUCGAUUAUUGAUAUGGGAUCUAGGGAUGGGAUAGGUGCUGGGAACCCGGUUAGGGACAUGUUUACUAUGUUUAAAGAAGUUUUUAAAGCACAAAGCGUGGCCAGCGUGCCACGAUACACGGGUAAAAAUUCCCUGAGUGAUUUCCUCCGGGCGCUGGAAGUGAAAUUCCCAGCAAGCGUGUGGCAGGACCGGGAUAGGAGGGAUAUCCUGGUUAACCACCUGGAGGGCACGGCUAAGGCAGUGUUUAAAAGCCUGCCACAAAGCGUGCGGGAAGGGAGCUUUAAGGGUGUAGUAGAAGCCCUAAAGCAAGCGCGAAGAAACCCCUGCGACCGUUUAAAGAAUAUAAGAGAGUGGGAACAACUCUCAAAACGGAAUGGGGAAACCGUGGUGGAUUUCUGCUGCAGGAUGGAGGAUCUCUCUAGGAGAAUCCAUCCUAGUUGCGAAUGGGAUUUCAUUCGCGGCUCCAAGCUGUAUUCAUGCUUGGAGAGUUGGCAGGACUCCUACCACAUGCUUGCUGCUUUAGACUCGCCUGAAGGGCAAGUCUACGAAGCAGUCAAGAAGGUAGCAAGGAGGCUGGAGAAGCUUCAAGAUGGAGCGGUGAGGCACCCUAGUGACUCGAAUGUUCGGGCAAAGAGGGUAAAUGCCUAUGUGAAGCCGCAAGUUGAAGCCAGAUACCCAGCGGGUCCUAGUAAACCCCUUGUUAGUGGUGCAACUAAUAAGGCCCCGGUAAAAUGUUUUACUUGUGGCGAAGUUGGCCACAUCUCUUCAAGAUGUGAUAAGAGGAAUCAAAGCACAGCUAAUCGAUUUCCACAGGGAAGGGGUAUGAGGUGCAUUCAACCUCAUAGCAGUGCUGUAGGGGGGAUCACCUUGGCCGACGAUGUUGAGGGAUGGUGCAAGACCGUCCAAGCCAAUCAUGCCAAGGUAGAUGCGAGCCCCAAGGCUAUAGGAGAACCAUGUCUCUGCGAGGUAGAAGUGUUUGGCCUAAACACAAAGGCUUUGAUAGAUACCGGUUCGGUAGUUUCGAUAGUUCCUGUGGGAUUUUUGAAACUGGCCCGUCAGCAAGGGGUGGAUUUCAACACACAGGCUAAGAGGGUCGUUGACUCUAAACAGCGCAAACUUGUUGAUGCUUCAGGAAACCUCAUGAGCUUUCUUGGGGAGCUAGUAGCUAAGAUUAGUAUACACGGGAAUGGAAGCAUUCCUGUACACUUACAUGUCCAGAAAACCGAAGAUACAACGCUACUUUUGGGGACUAAUGCCUUAUCGGAACUUGGUAUUGCGCUAACUUUUCCAACAUUAGCGAAUAAAGGAAGCACCGAUUGCCAACAGGUUCAUGCUGUAGCAAGAGUAGUUAUACCUCCGGGAUGCGUGGCCACGGUACAGAUCGAGGGAUCAUCUCAAUCAGGUCCCUGCCUGUUCUGGUCACGUCAUGACCGCAUAGAAUCGGGAGUGUGCGCAGUCGAGCAGAGCAAAUCCGAAAUAUCAGUGUUGAAUAGAGAAAGUGAACCUUGGGUUAUCCAAAAAGGGGAACAGUUAGGUACAUGGUCCCAUGAUUCAUGGAUAGAUCCUAGGAUAAGUGAAUUACCUGGCGAUAUGCUAGUAAUGAAGCAGCCUACAUUGGUAGAAGAUGCGGAAAGGAUAGGUAACCUGGUUGGUUUACUUGACGCCAAUAGAAGAGCAGGUCCUAUGCCUAUAGAGAUUAGGAAGGAGCACGAAUGGUUGUCGGAAUUGCGCCAAGAUUCCGAUUUUGCAGCCUUGAUUUCUGCAGUAGAGAGCGAGCGCGAAGAGGAGGUGAAACUCCCAAGACACGAGAAAACCCUUAGUUCUGUGGAUUUUACCAUUGAGAACGGAAAAUUACACCUGAUAAAGGAAGAUGGGAAACCCUUAUCAUCUGCAACCAAUGCCAGACACGUCAGUUGGAAAUGUCCCGGAAAACUCGCCCAUGGAAACACCGUUUUGGAAUGCUCGAUCGAGGAAAGAGUGCCGGACGUCAUCCCGAAUUCGCCUCUCAGCUGCAUCAGCAUAGGAACGCCGUACGACCUCGCCCGGAACAUUGCUGUGAUAACCCAAUCUCAUGUCCCUGAUAAUUGGCGUGUUGCUCGUUUAUUGGAUGUUUCAUACGAUAUUCUCACUCCCCAUUCUCUAGGAAUUUCAUUGUCAUAUUUUCGUAGUCAUUGCCUUCAUGCGACCCUUGCCUCAGUAGUCGACGCCAAGAAAUCUGCACAGGAUUGCCCUCCCCGAACGCGUGAUGACCCGUACAACUUGUCGUAUCUCUACGGAAAAGCCGUAGAGUUUGCGAACUGCAACCCCUGGAUGGAAAGUCGGUGGCGCCAGCUGAAGCCGCGGGAGACGCUCAUUUUGCUGCCGGAAGGAUUUGACGAAGUCCUACGAUGCCUUGAAGCCGAUUUUGUAGCAGUACACGUCAUUCGCUCCCCAGAUGAAGUCGAGCCGGAAUGGUUUGCGGAGGAAGUAUCGGCGAUAAUACUGUUUUCGCCUGCCUCGAGUUCGGAUAUCUUGCGCUGGAGAAGCGCAUGGACGCUAUUCCUACACGCAGUCGCCCAAGGUGCGGAGUUGAUUGCACUUCCGGGUCCUCAAGAUGACGAAGGGUGGGGAGCCACCGUGGAUCUUCUUCGUGACUUAAUGGAGGAAACCUGCGCACAGCGCCCGAGCCUUGCCCCAAAAAUGCGAUGUUUGCUGCCGAAGCGCUCGGAAAACGCGAUGCUGGGAGCCGCCUACAAAAUUUUGGCCGACAAAAUCAACCUUGUUACGGGAAGACACUUCACUCAGAGCGCAGCGAAAAGGUUUUGGAACGCCACAAAAACCCAAUACAGCGCAUUUUUGAAACUGCCGGACUUCAAAAGGAUACUUCACAAGUUUCUUUGUUUUGGCUGUUUAUCGAUCGAUAAGCAGCUAGCCUGGCUAAGGCAUCCUAGCGUGCCCCUAGGAUACACGCUGCGAGAGAGUAAGGAUGAGGCAGUGAGAGGGGGCGGGGUUGACCUCAUACAGUUGCGCUACGCUAUGGCUGCCAUGAGCUAA